AUGGACGGGACGGGCAGACUCAACCUGCAGGAGUUCAGACAUCUCUGGAACAAGAUCAAGCAGUGGCAGGGAAUUUUCCAACACUAUAACUCGGACCAGGCUAGUAGCAUCAACAGCUACGAAAUGAGAAAUGCUGUCAACGAUGCAGGCUUCCGUCUCAACAAUCAGCUCUAUGACAUCAUCACCAUGCGCUACGCCAACGAGGGCAUGAACAUCGACUUUGACAGCUUCAUCAGCUGUCUGGUUCGCCUCGAAGCCAUGUUCAGGGCGUUCCAGGCCUUCGACCAGGAUGGAGACGGUACGAUCAGACUCAGUGUCUUGGAG